UUUUUUUUCACAAAAAAUGAAAAACGCGUGUGUGCUAAAUCAUAAUAUAAAAUUUAAUGUAUGCAAGAAUUUCGAAACCGAUAUACAUUAAUAUUAUUGUCAAUAUAUUAUCUUUUAUGUCAGCAUUGAUGAUAUUAUCUCAGUAUGCUUUAUUACUGUCACUAUUAUAUUUUUAUCUUGUCACAUUGCAAUAUAUUCAUUCUUAAUUAAUUAAUGUUACGGCUUUCAGAAUUUUAAGCGAGUGGGUGGGGAUGAAUAGACAAACGGUAUUGUUACUCUUAUAAGAGAAACGAUCGGCUUAGAGAAACGUUUAGUCAAGGCUGGUCGCUCGCGCUGUGUUUCAUUCGUCUGUACAAUAUGAUCGGAGUCAAAAGGAAAAAGUUGAUUACAUUCGGCGUGACCGCGGUCGUACUUGUGGCCGUUCUUGUGACAAUAAUAGUAAUUUUUAUCACACGCAACUCGAAUGUCAAAUGUAACUUAAAGUUUGUCAGUUCGUCCGAGAUGGGUCAAUAUACGAAGGGUGCCGUGACGACAAACGGUCAGGAAUGUGCACAAAUUGGUGCUGAUAUCUUAGCUGGGAAUGGUUCGGCAGUGGAUGCGGCGAUAGCAGCGCUUCUCUGUGAAGGCAUUGCAUCCUUGCAUAGUAUGGGACUGGGCGGUGGAUUUUUUAUGACUAUAUGGGACGCCAAAACCAAAACGGCGGAUUAUCUGGAUGCGAGAGAGACCGCUCCGAUAGCUGCGACGGAGGAUAUGUUCGAUGGCAAUGCUCAUCUAGCUAUGUAUGGUGGAAUGGCGGUUGCUGUCCCAGGUGAACUUAUGGGCUAUUGGGAAGCGUAUAAAAAAUACGGGAGACUGCCGUGGUCUGAAUUAUUUAAGCCUGCCAUUAAAUUAUGCGAAACUGGAUCUCAGGUUAAUGAUUAUCUUGCCGCGUAUUUAAAGGAGAAAGAGCCUAUGAUAAAGAACGAGUCCAGUUUGGCGAAAAUACUCAUAAAUCCUGAUACCGGUAAAGUAUGGAUUGCAGGCGACAGAAUAAAGAGACCGCAACUGGCAGAGACCCUGAAAUUAAUAGCAAAAUAUGGUGUUGAUAUAUUUUAUAAAGGUAAUAUUGCUGAUAACUUAGUCGACGAGAUUAAAGCGUUUAAAGGAAUAAUCACGAAACAGGAUUUUGAAGCGUACAGAGCCAUAUGGAGAAAACCGGUCGCAUUAAAAAUGGAGAAUCUAACGAUCUAUAGUGCUCCACCGCCAGGUUCCGGUGCAAUUUUGACAUUCAUAAUGAACGUUCUACGUCGAUUACUACCAGUCAAUAAUGAGAGUGUCAUGUGGCAACGUAUAGUGGAGACCUUCAAAUGGGCUUAUGCAAGAAGAACCGAGUUGGGGGAUCCUGAUUUUGUCGACGGCAUAGAUGCGCUUCUCGCCAAUUUAACAUCCAACGAUUAUGCGGAAAUGAUAAAGGAAAGGAUAAAGGACAACCGUACGUGCCAAGAUCCAGAGGAAUAUGGCGCUGUUACUGAGACAACCGUGGAUUCAGGAACGGCGCACGUUUCCGUUCUUGCUCCUGACGGCUCCGCUGUCUCCGUUACAUCGACCAUUAAUCAGGUGUUUGGCGCAAUGAUACGUUCAGAAUCCACCGGUAUAAUAUUUAACGACGAGAUGGACGAUUUUAGUUCGCCCAAUAUAACCAACGGUUUUGGACUCCCGCCGUCACCGGCGAAUUUUAUUCGACCCGGCAAACGGCCGUUGAGUUCGAUGUGCCCGACUAUAGUGGUCGAUCAACAUAAUGACGUAAGAUUAGUGAUAGGUGCAGCCGGUGGCACAAAGAUCACAAGCGGCGUGGCGAUUGGUAUGGUCCUGAAUCUUUGGUCUAAUUACAAUAUAAAGGAAGCGGUUGAUGCGCGUAGACUUCAUCAUCAACUGUUGCCUAUGAACGUCCAGAACGAAAAAGACUUUUGUCCAACCACAUUAAAUUAUUUAAACAAGAUCGGCCACCAUGUUACUACUUUUUCUGGAAUUGGCAGUGCAAUCACGGCAGUAUCCAAAAAAAAUGGACUUAUAACCGCGAAUUCGGAUUAUCGCCGACAAGGAAGAACAGCAGGAUUAUAGAGAGAUUAUUCAGUAUUAUUAUGCGGAUAAACUUUAUAACAUUAGAAAUUCUUUUAUACUGUCGUAAUAUUUCAAUUGCUAUCAAUCUAAGUUGUCAUCAUAUCUCAUUCUGAUUAAUAUUACAUGCAAUUUCUAUUAUCGUAUAUUCGAUUUCAAAAAAUAAAGUAAAUAAAGUAACAAAGAAUUUCUUAAAAUUUACAAAGUUGACCGCAAAUAGAUAAUAUAUGAUCAAAGAAUUCUUAGAUAAAAGAAAUAACACAAAUUCCUGUAUAGAGUUAUAGUUUUAAGUAGAUAUUUAUAUAUAUACAAAGCAAAAAUUAUUUAAACAAUCUGUUGAAUGGCACAACUUAUAAUUAUGCCAUUCAAUGUGAA